AUGGAAAUGUGCACAAAGCAGCAGCAGUCUCCACCAAAGCAACAGCUAGACGAUAAUCUGCAUUCCACGAUGACCGGUGACGAAGGCGACAACCUCAACCAACAAAUGCAUCACCAGGCUGGUUCAGUACUAAUGUCGGCAUUUCGCUGCCGGCUCCACCGCCACCGUAGCCUCCAUUCCAUUCUCCGACGUUUCCACACUGCAAUAACGGGUAUGCAAUUGCCAACGAUGUCAAAGCCAGUGCUUCCACCUGGUGUCGACACCCGCUGUGCAAAGAGAAACAUGACGGGCGCUUGGAAUGGUUGGGAGGUAAAUGCGGUGGAAUUUCGGAACACGAUGACAGCCGUUAUUGUCUCGCAUGACAUAUCUCUCCUUCAUUCUCUGAUUAUGCGCAGCGGGAGAGGAGGCAAGAGGUUCAGCGACAACGUAGCACCAAGUGCUGCCAUCCAAUUGGCAGUUGUCGCUGCCAGGAUGAGGCAGCUGAGGAAGGCGUUUACUACUUUAGUCGGCCUUCGAGUUUCCAUUACCUGGCAGAUUGAGAUCAUCUCUGACCCCAAGUUCUUCCCCGACGAACUCUCCGUCUCCGACCACACGCAAACCCGUGGCGAAAUUAAUAUCCCCAGCACUAAAUGUGGUGGUGCUGCUGCACUGGUAUUCCUUACCGAUACAGAGCAGCAGUCGCCAGCAAAACGACAGCUAGACCAGAAUCUGCAUUCCACGAUGACCGGUGACGAAGGCGACAACCUCAAUCAACAGAUUCAUCACCAGGCUGAUCCAGGCACCAAUGCUGGCCCUCCGCCGCCGUCACAGCCACCACAGGCUUCUUCCCCCUUUCCUUCGAAUACAACUCUGCCGGAACCUGCUCACCGAUUGUCAACGAUGUCAGAGGUAGUGCUUCCACCCGAUCUCAACCUAGAUAGACGGUUGGUAUUGCUGGAGCGGUGGAUCAAUAGCAUUUCACUAGACGCCCCAACAAAUGAAGAGACAUCGGUCACGGAAAUUGAAAUUCUCAUCAACCCCAAAGUACUCUCCAUCUCCUGCAUCGCGCCAACCCAGGGCUACUCCAAUCUCCCCAACACUAGCGUUGAUGGUGGUGGAAAUGGUAGAGCGGAAUACUACCGCCACGUGCAGCAGCAGCUCCAGUCGCAAGGAGGUUCCGCUAGUAGCGGUGGUGGUGAUGGUGGCGAUGAAGAUGCGGCAAACCGAGGCACCACGACGACUACCCUUAAUGGAAACCGUCUUUCGCCACAGCCUAAUCCUAGUGAUGCCAACCACCAAUCGCCUGCCUUUGCUGGGCCUACGACUCCUUCCUCCUCUUCGUCUGGAUCGAGUCAGAUAACCAGGAUGUUUAAGGACUACUUCUUGAGUGGAAAAUGCCCUAGCAUACGUGAGGUUCGUCGAAGGACGACCAACUCACAGUUGCUAGACGGUCGUACAGUGAAAUUCAUUUGGAAAAAGGUAAAGCAACUGCAAGCAAGCGGCCGUUGGAUCGAACAUAUUCUCCUGUGA